AUGGCUGCGCCCCGGAGAACCCUGCCACUUGCAAGCCUGACAACGCCCCGCACCACCUUACUCAACAAUUUGCCAGGGCCUCUUCCCCGCGGCCAUCUUGGCGAGGUCAAACUUGAAGAACUUGACAAACCGCGGCGUGGCCCCGCUGGCGGCUGCUGA